GAGUAGUGAUAUCAUUCUUUUCCCACUCCGUUUCCUGCAACAAGAGCGAUCAGUAUGGCUUCGCGCUCCUUGAUCAAGGCAGCUGUCUUGCUGGGUCUGGUGUACGGAGCGGUAGCUGGCGGAGGCUACGGCUCCUCCGGCGGUGGAGGAGGCUUCGUUGGAGGAAGCCAUGGCGGCGCUGGAGGAAGCUUCGGAGGCUUCGGAGGAAGCCACGGCGGCCUUGGAGGAGGCCUCGGCGGAGGCAACUUCAUCGGAGGAGGCGGAGGCCACGGCGGCUACGGUGGAGGCGUUGGCGGCGGCAGCGUCGUCAGAGCACGCCUGGUCGGAGUCGGUUACCUCCCCUCCAUCGGAGGUGGCGCCGUCGGAGGCCACGGUGGCUUCGGAGGCCACGGUGGCGGCGCUGGAGGCUUCAUCGGCGGCGGCAGCUCCUUCGGAAGCGGUGUGGGAGGCGGAUUCGGAAGCCACGGGUCUUCCGGACACGUCGGCGGCGGAUACGGCGGGAAAUAA